AUGUUGCUAUCAUUGGCCAGACGAUGCUGCAGGUACGUGAGGACUGUUGCGAAAUGCUCAAUGCGCAGUGACCAUGGAAGUAGCAAGCCCCUCUUUGCUUUCUAUUGUAGUACUUUCCAUAGCGAAGCCACGAAGGACGGGAAGGGUACAAAACCCUACUUCGACUAUGAUGAGGACUGCAAGUUGCUGGAGAGGCUUCAAAGGGAAGAACUGGAUGUGGACGACCAGAGGGACGCUUUGAAGAUUAAGAAGAAGUACCUAAAACUGCUCCAAAUGUACCACCCAGACACAUACAUAAAUGAGAAGAACGAACAAAGAAAAAAGCAGAAGGAAGAAAUAUUUCUGCAAAUUUAUAGGCACUACAAGAAUUUCACCCAGCAGUAUGAUCACCUGUACAAGUCAGAUUUCACUGAUGAAUCUGUGUUGGAAAGUGAACAGGAGAGAGAUGAAAGACUCGAGCGGUACAAGCGCUACUCUGAAGGGAAGAGGAACGACAUGUCUCACUUUCACAAGAACGUGGAGAUCUACAUACUAGUCAUCAUUUUAGUGACCUUUGGAGGGGUCCUCCUAGUGUGUGUCUACCUACCCUUUGACGUGAAUACCUUGAGGGAAGAGCUAUGCGACAUCGCGGACAGCGGAGAAAGCGCCCAGGUGGUCCCCUGCUUUUACAACCCUGUCAUGAAGCGAUACGAGUAUCUGUCUCCAGGAUAUUCCCCCCCGCACCCGCACCAGUUGUACUACUUUUACAAAAAUAACUUCCCAGAGCUCUUCGUGGACGAUGAUCUGUUGAAGCUAAGUCGUUUCGAAGUUGUCCAGUUGCCAAAAAAUCGAGCGAAGAAAUGCAGACUAGUGUGCGACAUGAAGACAAGCGAACUAAUUUUUUUAAAAAAAACAAAACAAGCAGGGUGA